UGACUUGUUGCAUUUGGAGAGCAAACGACGUCGGUUCCCAUUUUGGUGAGCGAUUUUCCGAAGGGAUCGAAUAGAAACUCCGAGGUUACCCAAACUUCGGACUGCGGAGAGACUAUCAGAAUCUCAGAUUCUCAGGUUUUGUGACUUUUGUGGAAUUGGUCACGCUUUGAAGCCGAAUCCUGAACCUUAAUGGCGAGGAUCAAACCUCAAGCUCUGCUACAACAAAGCAAAAAGAAGAAGGGGCCCACUCGAAUAAGUGUCACUACCAUCAUAUUGUGCAAUUUGAUUGUUGUGUUAAUCGUGUUUUUCCUGUUUUCUACAUACAGGCACUGGAGUCAAAGAUCCCAAACAGAUAAUCACUUCUCAGCUUCUGAGGAUGGGAAUGCCUUUGUGGAUGCAAAAAAAGCUGAUGUCCCUGGAUAUGCUGUUUUGAAUACCUCAAAAGGGUCUAUAACUGCGGAACUUUUCAAGGAAAGUUCUCCUGAAGUUGUUGAUGAAUUCAUUGACUUAUGUCAAAAAGGGCACUUCAAGGGGAUGCUUUUUAACCGUGUCAUAAAACACUAUGUCAUUCAAGCAGGGACUGCUCAAGGGUUAGGAGCUACUGAAGAUUGGACUCUGAGGGGAAAGCAUUACAAUCAGCUCGACAUGAGUCUGAAUUUGAAACAUGAGGCAUUCAUGCUUGGAACUUCCAAGGGUAAGCGCAAUGACAAAGGAUUUGAGCUUUUCAUCACAACUGCACCGAUCCCAAAUUUAAAUGAGCAACUUAUUGUAUUUGGGCAGGUCGUCAAGGGAGAGGAAGUUGUUCAGGAAAUUGAGGAGGUGGAUACAGAUGAAAACUAUCGACCUAAAUCUUCUAUCCGCAUCAUCAACGUGAGUCUGAGACAGAAAAUAUGAAAAAGUUUCCUUGCUCAUUAAAGAGCAUUUAGCUCUGCUCCCUGAAGGAAUUCUCCACUCGGGGUUAUCACUGAAGAUUUAAACUAUGAUGCUGCUCUUUAAACGUAACUUGCUUUGAAGGGUUGAUAGAUAUACACUAUUCAGCUCUGUAUUAGAAGUUUGAUGUAAUUUUUUACACGGGUGAAUGAGAUUAGAGUAGCUUUCUCUAAAUUUUCAGAAUGACGUAUAGCGGAGUGUUUCUCCUUGUUUGUUUGUUUUUUUUUUUUUUUUUUUUGGUCUUAGUUUUGGGAUUGGUGAUUUGAUUAUACUUGUAUUUUUUUAUGUAUUUUUUUUAAAGUUCCUUUGUAAGAAAGAUUUUUUUAGUUGGCUGGCAGAAACUGAACAGCUUAGCAAUGUUCUCAAUGUAGUUCUUCAUUGAAGUUGGAAGUAUAUGAAAUCAAAGAUAAUGAAUGAUACUCUCUUCCAUUUGCA